CAGCACAAUGAACUGUAAAUAGCAAUGCGUAUGACCCCGCAAUCGCCAUUGUACGCCAUACUAUCAGUGGGACACCUGACUUGAGUCGCCGAAAAACGGUAUUCUUUGUGACGCCCUGCAAGUUCCUGCUCAAUUGGGCGAGCACGUGCGAUUGAUUCGCGCUUAUAAAAACACCCUGCGGAAGUCGAUGCCCGCUAGUACAUGGGAGCGGGAUUGGUCGGUAUCGACGCACGAGAAGAGAGCGCAAAAUAAUGCACAGGACGAGAUGAUGAUGGACCAUUGCAGCACGGUGGUGAUAUUUCUGUCGAUAGUGGGGGUCGCGCUCUGUGAAGGAAAAUAUGCCGUGGUGUGCCGAAUUGGCGAUCCGCAAGUGGUGAAAGAAUGCGACGUGUUGCGACAGUGCCUGUAUGAAGUGCAUCCGGUGGAAACGGCGCAAAGUGUGACUUUUGGUGGUGGACUGAUCAAUAGCUUGAGUAGUCAUAAUAAAUUGUUUGCCCUCUACGGGGGUCCGAGUUCGUGCGGGUAUUUUGGAAACCUUAUCAACAGUUGUAAGGGGCGACAAACGCUUGUGGAAACAGUGAAGAAGCAGCUGCAGAAGAGCGGGUACCGGGGUGUGGAUUUGCAGUGCGAUCCGGGACUGUCGCAGAUUAACCAGGAAGACUACUCCGAUUUUCUUGCCUUGCUGAGGGAGGAAAUUGGCAGCGGAUACGUUAUUUCCGUCGUCAUCCAGAGCAUCAACAUAGAACCUUGCGUGGUGAACGUGCUGAGCGAGGUGGUUGAUCUAGUCACCAUACCGUUGGAGGGAUGCGCACUGCAAGCGUCCGUGGUGCAGAAUCUGAUUGGACAUGGCCUGAGCCGACAGAAAAUCCUGCUCGACGUUCCGCUUCCUGCGGUGUUGAAUUGCCCAUUGGACAGCGGGGUGAACAAUUUGUACUCACUGGUCCAGAAUGCGGUGAACGUGAUCGAUAACCAGCAACUGCUUGGAGCGACAAUUCAACUGGAUCGGGAUGAUACGGCGGGAGUAUGUGCGAAAGGUCGGUUUCCACUUUUCAAAUUGCUAAUCGCGUUGCUCAAAAAAUGCGAAACUAGUCACGCGUUCCCGGUGGGACCCCCUGUUGGACCCCCGAUUGUGCCACCCCCUGUGGGCCCUGGCGGUACGUGCAACUUCAAGGGUUACGUCCGCGAUACAAGGGACUGCUCCAGUUUCUACUCUUGCAACAAUGGAGUACCAAAUCAGUUCCAGUGCCCUGCCGGGCUGGCUUUCGAUCUGUGCAGCAAUACUUGCCAACCGGUUGUUCAGGUCAACUGUGAUCAGAACUCGUGCACGUUGACCGGUGCUGUGAACGGGGGUUGCAACCAGGUCCCCAUCCCAAUUCCGUUCCCAUUUUUGAACCCUGGCAGCUGUCACAAUAAUUUCAAUUGUUCAGGUCACCAUCACCAUCAUGGUGAUUCGGAUUUGUGUUUGAAUAUCACAAGUAUACUCAUUGCAAACAAUCAAACAUCCGCUUUGCUAGAAUUGUUGGCCAACACCCAAUUGGAGGGUACGCUUGCACUGGUCAACGACCUUACCAGGGAUCUACAGCUAGCCUUGGGAGGAAUUGUCGGUGAAGUAAAUAAUCUUCUGGCAAAAUUGCUGCUACAUGACGAUGCAAUUGGUGGCACCCUAGGACAGAUAGACCAAAUGCAGCGGCAGAUGGGACUUUUGGAGAAGCUGCUGAAGGCAGUAUUGGAGCUGCUAGAUAGGCUUCUUGGUCUGAACCUACUGGGAGGAGGAGGUGCCGGCGCUGGAGGAGCAGUUGCGGGUGCUGCUGGAGCUGCCGGUUUAGUUACAGGCCUGACUGGAGGUGGUGGUGGCGGAGCCGUCGCUACUGCUGCGGCCGCUGCCGGUGCUGCUGCUGCAGUCGGUGGAGGGGCAGACGCGGGAGCAGUUACGAAUACAGAUGCAGCUGCUGGGGCGGGAGGUUUAUUAUCCGGUCUUGGAAGACGGUAG